AUGGUGAAACGCAAGAGAACCGACGCUGCCAAUGAGGACAAGACCUCUGGUAGUCCUCCCAAGACUACCAAAUCCGCCCCGGUUCCCGCAGAGACUCCCGAUGCAGCUCUCACCAUCCAAGUGAUCACUGGCUCAUAUGAGCGGGUUCUUCAUGGCUUCACGGCCGGGUUCCCAGCCUCCAGCCUGAAAGCUAAGACCGAAACUGACUCUCCGAAUAUUCAAUGCUCGGACACCUUCUUGUUCGAGGCCCAUGGAUCUGCAAUUCGUUGUCUGGCGUUGUCACCACUACCCAAACCCACCGACUCUGCCGAUGCGCAGAAGGUGAUGUUAGCUACUGGUAGUACCGACGAGCGAAUCAACCUGUACCAGAUCUCCGCCGCACCGCCUGCCGUGAACGAAGACUAUCCGUCAGUGCCGACCUUCGCCGGAAACAAGAUCCUCGAAAAUCCCCGGAACCGUGAGCUAGGAGCAUUGUUGCAUCACACCGCCAGCAUUACUUCAUUGAGCUUCCCUUCGCGAAGCAAGCUGCUCGCAGCUGGAGAGGAUAACACGAUCUCCAUUUCCAAGACACGUGACUGGACCGUUGUGUCAACUAUCAAAGCGCCAAACCCUAAAGUUCAAGGUCGACCAAGUGGUGACACAGCGCCUCCUGGGGCUGCCCCGUCCGGAGUGAACCACUUUGCGGUGCAUCCCAGUAUGAAGCUGAUGCUGAGUGUUGGGCGUGGAGAGAGAUGCAUGAGAUUGUGGAAUCUCGUGACUGGCAGAAAGGCAGGUGUGUUGAACUUCACCAGGGAGGUCCUCCAAGGUGUGAAGGAGUCGAGAUGGAGCACUGGCGAAGGUCGACGUAUUGCAUGGGACUCUGCGGGAGAUGAAUUUGCCGUUGCCUUUGAAUGGGGAGCCGUCGUAUUCGGGAUUGACUCGAUUCCACGAUGCAGAGUUCUUCCCAGCCCGCGGAGCAAAGUUCAUCAGAUGAAGUUUGUCUCUUUGCCUCUGAAGGGUGAUACAAAGGAAGAUUUCCUAGCCAUCUCUACGGAGGAUGGACGAGUGAUUCUCUACUCGACUAAAGAUUUGAAGGAAGCGGAGGAUGAUACCGAAUGUUCAAUCCCCCAUGCUACUCCCGUUGCUCAGAUUGGUGGAAAGCAAGCUGGAUUCCCGGGUCGUAUCAAGGAUUUCGAAGUCCUCACUCUUGAAAACCAAGCGAAGGAAUUCCGCAACGACUCUCUCAUCGUCACCGGCAACAGUGAAGGCGUUGUCCGCGUAUGGAAGGUUGCUGGAAAGGACCUUGCAGCAGCAAAGCAAGCAAAGCAGGAUACGGUUCAGCUUGGAAAGCUCUUGACCACCAACGAGACUGGUAACCGCAUUACAUGCUUAGUAGCUUUUGUCAUGUUGCCGGCGGAGGAUCCUUCCACCUUGAUAGAUUCUGAAGACGACGAGGAUGAAGCGGAAUCAUCAAGCGAUAGCGACGAUGAGUAG